GGACGUCCGCUUCCGGGACCGCGGCUUUCGGGUUGGGGAAGCUCCCGGGCGUCCCAGCAGCUGGGCGCCGACUCUCAGUCGCCCUGCGACUUCACCUGCGGGUCUGUAUCAGCAGCGGGACGAUCCAAGGAGCCGCACGUGGACCGCACCAUGGUCCACCUCACUACCCUCCUCUGCAAGGCCUAUCAUGGGGGCCAUUUAACCAUCCGCCUUGCUCUGAGUGGCUGCACCAAUCGGCCCUUUUACCGUAUUGUGGCUGCUCACAACAAAUGUCCCAGGGAUGGCCGUUUCGUGGAGCAGGUGGGCUCUUAUGAUCCACUGCCCAACUGUCAUGGAGAAAAACUUGUUGCCCUCAACCUGGAAAGGAUCCGGCAUUGGAUUGGUUGUGGAGCCCACCUCUCUAAGCCUAUGGAGAAGCUUCUGGGUCUUUCUGGCUUUUUCCCUCUGCAUCCCAUGGUGAUCACAAAUGCUGAGAGACUGCGAAGAAAACGGGCACGUGAACUUCUCUUAGCUUCACAGAAAACAGAUACAGAGGCUAUAGAAACAGAAGCGAGUUGACUUCAGUGAAUAUAACAGUGGUUACAAAGUCAAGGUCCCCUAAAACACUUGUGUGGAGCUCAUAAAUUUGUUGGGUUUGGAGGUCAAUAAAUGGAAUUUUCUAAGCUA